UCUCUGUUGGUCCUGUCGUCUGUCAGUGGAGCUCAGUCAGCAGACAGUCGGUCCGUCCGGUCAGCUGGUUCCGUUUAUUCGUGUUAGAAGCUUCCUGAUGGUAAGCCGAACGUGAAACACCUGAUAGAACCCGGUAAUCGAACCUCGAUCAUCAAGGAUCGACGAAAGACUCAGCGGCCCGCGCGCCGUAUGUGCGCGAGUGUACAACUUCUCCACCGGAAACACCAACGGCACGGUGCGAGGUACCAACUAAAUCGAACGAUAGGAACAAGUGGCGGAGGAAAUCGAAACGCAGGAAGAAGAUAGAAACGCGAUAGGGACGGUGUAUUCCUGGUCAAGUAGAAAAUGACUAUAUCGUACGCGAGCGAAGUGCCAAACGGCUCCAGCUUCGGCUGCUUCUGGAGGAUCCUGGUCAAAUGGCGGGGGUCCGUUUACAAGCUAAUCUGGCGGGAAUUGUUGGCCUACCUGUUCGUCUACUACCUCAUCAAUUUUACAUAUCGAUAUGGGCUGAACGAGCAGCAGCGGGUAAUCUUCGAAAAGAUCAGGUACUACUUUGGAAACUCCAGUGAAUCGAUACCGAUGUCGUUCGUGCUGGGAUUUUACGUGAGUCUGGUCGUGAAGCGAUGGUGGGAGCAAUAUAAACUAUUACCCUGGCCAGACAACUUAGCACUCUUUAUCAGCGCAGCUAUUCCUGGUAACGACGAGAGAGGCAGACUGAUGAGGAGAAACAUCGUAAGAUACGCGGUGCUCGCGUACGUCAUUACGCUUCAGAGGAUUUCCUUGCGCGUGAAGAGACGGUUCCCGACGCUUCAGCACAUCGUAGACGUUGGUCUGAUGAUGGAGUCGGAGAAGAAAAUCUUCGAGAUGAUGAACAAGAAGGCGGCCAUGUCGAAGUACUGGAUGCCUUUGGUUUGGGCGACGAACAUCAUCAACAGGGCCAGGAGGGAAGCCUUAAUAACUAGCGACCAAGUAGUGCAAACCCUCCUUGUCGAGUUAAGCGACAUCCGGAAGAGGCUUGGCGCGCUCAUUGGUUACGACACUGUUUGCGUUCCUCUCGUUUACACUCAGGUAGUCACGCUAUCGUUGUACGCGUAUUUCUUUUCCGCCUUACUCGGCAGACAAUUUAUCGAGCGCACCGACGUCGGAAGCGGAAAAUACGAGGAACCGGACAUGUAUUUUCCAUUUUUCACGGCUCUGCAGUUCUGCUUUUACGUGGGAUGGCUGAAAGUUGCCGAGGUAUUGAUCAAUCCUUUCGGCGAAGACGACGAUGAUAUCGAGUUGAAUUGGCUUAUAGAUCGUCACAUCAAGGCUGGAUACAUGAUCGUGGACGAAAUGCACGAGGAACACCCAGAAUUGUUGAAAGAUCAAUAUUGGGACGAGGUCGUGCCGAAAGAUUUACCGUAUACGGUGGCUAGCGAGCAGUACCGACGAGAAGAGCCAAAGGGUUCAGCCGAGCAUUAUAAGGUCAAAGACAGCGACGCUCUGUAUGCAAACGUUAUAUUGGGCCCACAGAUCCAUAAUCACGUUCAACAUCGCAAGACCCACCAGGAUGACAUGUACGCCGAUUACGAAAGCGUCGAUACUCCGUUGGUCGAGCGAAGGAAAAAUUGGCUACAACGACAAAUUACUAGAAUGGGCUCUGUACGUAGUUCUUCGACCACUUACAGCAGCGGCGGUGGUUUCUUCUCCAGAAAUCGUCACAAUAGCGUUUAUAGCAGCCCUGAAACUGGAGGUUUACCGCAAACGAACAAUCCGAAUCUUAAGAUGUCCCUUUAUGAUAGGCUAGUUGGACGGAAAAGCAUUCGAAGUCAAAGAAUGGGUCGACAAGGUACCAUGACGAAGUUGAAUCCGGUGCCGGUUUCUCUGAAGAACCGACCUCGCAUACCGACGCCGGACGUGACGAAAGAAGUAGUCGACCGUGAACAGAGAUUAGCUCUAUCAGCGACGAACGCGGCGAACAUCGGGGCAGGCGUCGUAGGAGUGAUACCGGCGAACGGCCACUAUCCGGAUCUAUCGGUUGUGCAGGUCGUGCUCUCGCCCAUUCAAGAAACGGAGGGCACGCCUGUAACUGGGAAAUCUGGAGCGGCAGCGUUGGCACAGGCUGUUCUCUCUCCUACAUUGACCAGUGCCGGUCUCGUUGCUCCUGUCACUUUAACACCUGUCACGAUGUCGCAGUUAACGCAACUAGGACUGAUGACGACAACUUCCGCGUCCAUGAUCAAACCAACGAAUCAAAGCAACGGCGUUCCUAACCAAGCCACCUUAACCGAGGUGAACAGCAGCGAGGAAGAGGGGUCAGGCAGUGGAAGCAGUAGGAGUGGUAGCAUUACAGGACAGGAAGAACGUUCCACGCCGUUAAUAAGCCAAGACAGAAGCACUCCUCUGAUAGGAGAGAGGUCCAGUCCUGUGGGCAGCGACGGUAAUCCGUCUACCUUCGACAACUAUAACGAUCGCUCUCCCAUUCUGAUAAAUCCCGAGAAACUCGGUUACGUGGUUACCACGAUGUCGACCACUCAAGAUGGUAAGAUAGAUCCACGUGGCAGGCGAUCGGCUUCGUUGCCUGGUCCGCCAGUUGUGCAAUUGCGAGAGGACAGGAGUAUGUCUCUGCCACAGUCGCCGGGUCUUCAACCGAGGGAAAAUCGCGCGGCCUCGGUAUCGAAUGGCCACGAACCUCCCAAUAUAGAUAGGCUCAUAGUGCAUGGAAAGGACAUUCGACCGAGAACUAACAGCAUCGGCCACGAUCUCUGUAGACCGAGUCAUCGUAUCCAAGACACUUCGAGGAAGAUCAGCAGCGUGUCUUGUACCAACGCGUCGCUCUCCAGUGGUCUAGGUACAACACCUAUCACGGCGACCACCAUAAUGCCAGCGACUACUCCGGUUGCUGGUAGCAAGAGGGGAGAGGUGUACGUUUGACUCGUAAAUCUAGGGACAAUGUGGUAAAUUAUACUUGGUCGUGUACGGCUUUGAUCGUCGUGGGCGAUUCGAACGUGCGUCGCACUUGCCUAAAAUCCGACUCCGUCCAUUAUAGCGACGACUUGGCGUUUCAUACGCGGUGAGAGUAGGAAGCAAUUUUCGCGCGACAAGCGUGAACGAUAAUGGGAUUUUUUUAUUGAUCGAGCUCCAAGAGCUGAGAAACGCUUCGAACGAUCGUGUCACUCCGAUGUAAAUACGAUCUUAACUUAUGAGCAUUUCGAUCGACGAGGUAGCUAAUUAUCGAUACAGAAUUGACACUGGUAUCGCGCGCUGAUCGUUCGACAAUCGUAACUAUUACGGAAAUAACAGCGAUGGAAUCGAAUUCGUCGAUUCCUGUAUGUAGCAAUCGCGGAAGCGCUUCUCUUCCUUUUGUCGUAAGUAUGUGCAAUAACGCGGUAGCAAGAUGACGGUGCGUAAUCGACAUUAUGAAAAUGGUGUCGUUCUCAAGUCCUCAGCGUAAAAAUUGUAACGUUCACGCGACAAGUGGAAGAAAGGAGUAGAUGUUGCGAAUACGUCAGUGUCGCAGAUACGUGUCCUAUACACGAUAUGCGGAUAGGAUACUUUUUACUAUUUGUGCGUGUUUUACUUUGGCUGCGUCGUAACAUUGUGAUACGAAAUAUUUUUGCUACGAUAAACGCAGGGGCGAAUUUAAAUGUGUUUCUUCUACUUCUUCUUUCCGCGAGUACGUACGUCGAGAAAUGGAAUCUCGAUCGCAGACAAAGUCAGGUUACGCUUGUAAAUAGCCGAUCCUCGCGAGACACCACAUGACUCGUCGUUUUCGGCUUCUAGCAUCUAGAUGAAAGAUUUUCCCUCUCAUCUGAGCCGACUGUGUAUUUAUUCGAUGCGCGACGGCAACUCGGAAACUCGACGUUAUUAAUCUGUUCGUGGAUGGAACGAAACGCAUCGAGUCAGGCUCUAUUGCGAACUGGAAAAUGACGAGUGCAUAUAUGCAUGUGCAUGAACACGCAACGUUUGCCAUAUUUGCCAUACUCGGAGACACUUUGCGUAAAGAAAUUGCGUGCAACUGUAAUCGCGAAUCUUCGAUCGGAGCGAUUUAAAAUUGAGCUACAACUUCCACGAUGCUCUACGGUAUCGCCGGUUUGCCGAUCUGCAUCAUUUAUUACUCUAUAAUAAUUUAGGAGUUAGUAAGUUAGUUUUAUCGAUACGAGAAACGUUCGGGAACUCGUGCGCGUGAAGAGCAAGUGCAAACUGCGGUAGUCAACGAACAAACUCGGCUCAAAAGAACGAAUUACUUUAGAAAAAAAGGAUAUUCUCGAUGGAACCAUCGAUUUUAUUUUUUUUUACUGCAAAUUGCACUUGCUUUUUGUUCGCCGCGUAUUCAGUCACGCGUCUCUGGAGAAACGCGUGGCAGCUCAAGCUUUUUCUAUAUAAAUUCGAGAUCACGUAAAUGUAAGUAACGAUUCGAUGUAUGUACAUGGUGAAUGAAGCUGGCGAUAGAGCCAACGAACAUGUACAUAGUAGAUGAAUUAAGUUAAGGUUACUUGGUGUAUGAGAUUAUGAACAUGCUCAAUGCACGACACGCGAUAUUUGAUCGUCGAUGUGAACCGAGCGUUGUCUUUGUCUUCUUCGUUGGUCGGUAAGGCCGGUUUCACACGGAGAUAAGCGUAUCGUAAUACACGUAUUGUAAUCUGCGUAUUGUGUGAAUGUCACCAUUUUUUGUAACGUUUUAUCUGUCGCCGUCAUACAAAAAGUAUCUAUCGUAACCGAAAUACGCGAAAUGAGUAUGAUAUGAUAUUUAAUAUCUAUCAUACGCGUAUCUCCAUGUGAAACUGGUUUAUGGAUCGUAAUUUGCAGUAAAAAAUGUGUAAAUACGGACGUAUUUUUAAUCGAUUUGUUAUUCCACUUUUUUCUCCUUCUAUCUUUGCGAUGUUGUAAUUUAGGCAAACUUGAUCGAAUUCAGUGGAUUUAAAGAUCGAGAUAACGUUAUAUAAAUCUCUUAGCCGAGACGGUGUUAAGUAACGACGAUUAUAAUUCUAAUUAGUUACUUAACGUACGAGAUCACGCGAACCACUUUUUGUUAACUUAAAGGUAUUAUUAUCUCUCGACCGAGAUAAUAUUCUGUUCAGAGUUCCGAAAGAAUUGGAACGUGCUCUACUUUAUAAAUAAAAGAAAAGUAUUUAGAAUGAUUUUUCUGAUUUGAGCAUUCGUCGGUACUCAAGUGUUACUACGAUCAUGAACUUCGAACAAAUAGAAGUGUAUCCGAACUUGUAGAUAUUUGUACACAUAGUAUUUGUAUAUAGAUUACAUCUCGUUUUCGUUAUGAUAUCUCCGAUCUGACUAUAAACUAUAUAGGUAAAGAAUUGUUUCGGUGCCUGAGUCGCGUCAGCGUGAUGUAAACGAACCACGUGUAAGAAUAGUAAUACAUUAUUCUUAUUAUCUAUAUUCUGCAAUAAAAAUAAACGUUUCCAAACGCA